CCAUUUCAUCACCUUUGCGAGCGCAGCAUCCGUCCUCAGCUCUCUGGGCGCCUGGGCCUACUACCUCACUUUGGGCCCCCAGGCCGGCGAUGCCCUCGUGGAGGAGCUAAAUCCAGGCCAAGCCACGCUCUCUGAGGCCUCGGUGGGGCGCCACCUCCCACGGUCCGGCCUGGGCAAGGAGACCUGCUGAGCCGCGGCCAUGGAGGCCAUCUGGCUGUACCAGUUCCGGCUCAUUGUCAUCGGGGAUUCCACAGUGGGCAAGUCUUGUCUCAUCCGCCGCUUCACCGAGGGCCGCUUUGCCCAGGUUUCCGACCCCACUGUGGGGGUGGAUUUUUUCUCCCGCUUGGUGGAGAUCGAGCCCGGAAAACGCAUCAAGCUUCAGAUCUGGGAUACCGCGGGUCAAGAGAGGUUCAGAUCCAUCACUCGUGCCUACUACAGGAACUCAGUAGGUGGUCUUCUCUUAUUUGACAUUACCAACCGCAGGUCCUUCCAGAAUGUCCAUGAGUGGUUAGAAGAGACCAAAGUACACGUUCAGCCCUACCAAAUUGUAUUUGUUCUGGUGGGUCACAAGUGUGACCUGGAUACACAGAGGCAAGUGACUCGCCAUGAGGCUGAGAAACUGGCUGCUGCAUACGGCAUGAAGUACAUUGAAACAUCAGCCCGAGAUGCCAUUAAUGUGGAGAAAGCCUUCACAGACCUGACAAGAGACAUAUAUGAGCUGGUUAAAAGGGGGGAGAUUACAAUCCAGGAGGGCUGGGAAGGAGUGAAGAGUGGAUUUGUACCAAAUGUGGUUCACUCUUCAGAAGAGGUUGUCAAAUCAGAGAGGAGAUGUUUGUGCUAGUCACAGCCCUUUAUUCCCAAACGUGCUCUCCUACCUGAACUUAAGAGUGAUUAAAACUGCUAGAACCUUGUGUGACUGAAGAAAAUUCAAUCUCCAUUUGGAUACCAAGGGAGCUUCCUUUCCGGAGGCUCUGACAAGCCGUGUGUGGUGGAUGAGGAAGCCUGGGUGUUGUUACCAAGGGACAGAAAUCCUGCCAUGGGCCAGGCCAGGCACUGUCUUUUAUCCAUGCUGGGCAGUGGCUGCUCCAUUCACCCUUUGUGGACCAUAUGCUAAGGGAGGGCCUGGAGUUCAGGAAAACAUACCAACAGAUAGGACAACUGUUUCUUGGCAUUUCAGCUCAUUCAUAGGUCAGAAACAAAAAAAAUAUGUAUAGGUAAAAAAAAAUCACAUGGAAACUAUUAGCAUAACUUUAAAAAAAAGACUACAAGAUCACCUAAUUCAGUGAGAAUCUCCUACACCAAAUGUGGGCUGGGUUUGUUUAAAAGAUACCAGUUAACUUUUAACAGCUCACUGGUAAAAUGAGGGGCAUGGUUAUUUGUUAAGGCCCUUUCAAGGUCUGAUAUUCUAGUAAAAAUUUUAGUCCAUUUAUACAUUGUUGUUUUCACAUUAGAGAAAAAGUACACCUUGUGAUAGAAUUACCAGCUAUGUGAAAGACAUUGUCACAUGCAAAUUACCAUAUAAGUAGAAGAGAGAGACACUGUAAUCCAAACAUCAUAUCUUCUUUCCCAUCUGACCAUGCCUGGGGAUUCAUUACUUUGGUGACUGCAAUCAGGCACUUGACAGUGACAACACAGGGAUUGUCUCUGAAAAGAGCCCUCAGGUGAACAUUCACUCAUUGUGUACAGAGUACCUGCUCAACAGGAGGCGCUAUGACUCUUACAAACAUGGUAUAGUUUCUUGAGCUACUUAUUUGAUCAUCAUAACAUGCCUGUGAAGUUGUUGUCCCCAUUUACAGAAUAGUAAAUUAAGAGCCAGGAGACUCAAACAAGGACAGAGACUCCUGACUCCUACUUCAUUUCUUUUCACUGUAUCAUCUUGCUGUCAGAUGAAUAAAUUAUUAUUGAUUUGUUUACUUUGGAAGAGACAGAACUGUAAAUAAAUGUUCUCUACAUGUUAGGAUAUGUUUUCCUUAUUGAUUACAACUCAGCUAUAAUCCUGAGAGAACUGAGAAUAAAUCAAAGGUAAAGCCUGUUCAGGUGUUAUUGACAAGAGUGCUUUAAACAAGUGAAUAAUUGCACAACUUAAAACACAUUAGAAGUGUGUGGGUCAUAAGUGUUCUCAUUACUGAAACACAAUGGACAUUUUAUUGAAAGGAAUCAAACAUGGCAACAGGGACUGGGAUAGAGAUAAAAUACUCACCCCACAGUGACCUUGGCCACUUGUCUGCCAUAUACCUACAUUGGGUUCCUGUCUGCUGUAGUCAGCUCUUCAUUCUCAGGUGAACAGACAGCUUAACUACAUCAGCACAUUGGAAUGGCUGAUUGAAGGUUCCAUUAUCUUCUUGAAGAGAGGUGAUGCUUUAAAUUACUUUUUGGAUUGUAGCCAGUUCAGCUAGGCAAAAGCCAUACUUUUCACAGUAAGAAAACUAUUCUGAUUAGUCAGGUUUCUCAUAUCCAUUCUGAUAAGAAUGUGACUGAAUCUGAAAGUUUGGGAAUUUGCUUCAGCCAGAAUAAAGAAGCUAAAUAAUGAAAAAUGGAAGACUAUUCUGCCACCUAUGCCCCAAGCUGGAUGAGCAAACCAUUUUGGACCAAUUCACACCAUCAACUACAAGUGAACUGAUCAUUUUCUCUAUAUUUGUUUCACACAACAUGGCGUGGGUGGGGUAAAAUGCCAGUGUCACGGUCAUCAAAGGCAAAUAAGAGGCAGUGCAUUAACUCAAAAUUUCAUCAACUACUAAAGUUUAGACAAUUCUGAAAGCAAGAUUAUCCGGUAGACAUAUGAGAGUUGACUAGAUUCUUGUCAAUUCAAAAAGGUAUAUAAACAAAACUUCUCUACAGUUUUCUUGACUAAAUUACAUUAUAUGUAUACUUUUCCUAUUCCUGGCAUUUUUAAGGCAGGUUUAAAAAUACUCAGCAGAGGUGGCUGGGGUUAAUUGCUUAAACAAGAUCUAGAAACUUUAAAAAUCAUCUUAGUAGAAUUCAGUGCCAUUGUCACUGCAAUAAGUGGGUUUUAGAAAAAUAAGUGUGAAAAAAUCAGGUGUUAAUAUAAUACUAAGGAAAAAGCUUUAGAAGCUAUUUUACUACAUAGGUAAAGAAAAGAUUAACUUGUAACAGACCACAACUGCAUGUUGGAUUAGAUUGUCUCAUAUUCCAGAAUAAAAUGUACUGUAUACUUUUCAUCACUUUGUUGUGCACUGUAAUGAAAUGUGAAAAAAAAUUACUUAUUUAGCUGUAUGUGAAUGAAAAUAUGCUUGUAUUUAGUAAAAUGGUUGAUUAUGUGACUGUGAGAUUCCAACUGUGUGU